AUGGCACCAACAAUCAUCCUAAUCCGACACGCUGAAGCGAUACACAACUUCACCCUCCACGACCCACCACUCACAGAGCUAGGACGCACGACCCAAUGCAGUACCCUUUCAGCCGCCCUCCAAGCUCACCCUCUGUCCAAAGAAAUCAGCCUCAUCGUCACCUCACCCCUCACCCGCACCCUGCAAACGGCAACCACAGUUCUCUCCUUCCUCAGCCCCCUCGGCGUCCCCAUUAUCGCUUCCCCAUUAUUUCAAGAAACAACGAACAAUAACAUCGAUAUCGGACGUACAGUCUCUGACCUCAUCCCUUUGUUUCCCCAGGUCGACUUUUCAGAGGUGGAGAAAGAUGAAGUGUGGCCGAAGAAGGAAGGAUUAUAUGCGUAUUCGUACGAAUCUUUACUUGAAAGAGGGAGAGUGGCGAGGAAAUGGUUGAAAGCAAGACCUGAGAAGGCCAUUGCUGUUGUGUCACACGAUGGGUUCUUGAGAGUAGGGAUCUGCGGGAGGAAGUUUGGGAAUGCGGAUUUUAGGGUCUUUGAGUUCGAGGAGGGAGAUGGGCUGGGAUUGGUAGAAUGGGAGAGUACGGAGAAAAAUGGUGGGGGAUUAGGAACGUGUCAGAAGGGCAAGUUUGGAUGGCUUCCAAAUGACUUCAAAUAUAUGCCUGCGGCCGAGCGGCCGAGCGGUACCGUCAUGCAGGCUGAGUUGACGGAGACGGAGAGGUUGUCCUCUUCUUCACAAUGA